AUGGGGACGCUCGUGGCCAAGCUGCUCCUGCCCACCCUCAGCAGCCUGGCCUUCCUCCCCGCCGUCAGCAUCGCCGCCAAGAGGCGCUUCCACAUGGAGGCCAUGGUCUACCUCUUCACCACCUUCUUCGUGGCGCUCUACCACGCCUGCCACGGGCCCGGCCUGUCGGUCCUCUGUUUCAUGCGGCAGGACGUCCUGGAGUACUUCAGCGUCUACGGGACGGCGCUCAGCAUGUGGGUGUCGCUGAUGGCCCUGGCCGACUUCGACGAACCCAAGCGGUCAACCUUCGUGAUGUUCGGGGUCCUGACCAUCGCCGUGCGCAUCUACCAUGACCGCUGGGGCUACGGGGUGUACUCGGGCCCCAUCGGCACAGCCGUCCUCAUCAUCGCGGCUAAGUGGCUGCAGCAGAUGAAGGAGAAGAAGGCGCUGUACCCCGACAGGAGUGUCUACACCCAGCAGAUCGGCCCCGGCCUCUGCUUUGGGGCCCUGGCCCUGAUGCUGCGCUUCUUCUUCGAGGACUGGGACUACACCUACGUCCACAGCUUCUACCACUGCGCGCUGGCCAUGUCCUUCACCCUGCUGCUGCCCAAGGUCAACAAGAAGGCCGGAAGCUCAGGGCCCCCGGCCAAGCUGGACUGCUCCACGCUGUGCUGCGCCUGCAUCUGA